AUGCGCCUCGCCGCCCCCCUUGCGCUCGGGUGCCUCCACCUGCUCUCCCUCGCCGCCGCGCUCCCCUCCAUCACCCGCGCAGGCAAGUAUCUCUACGACGACGCUGGCGAUCGCUUCUAUAUCAAGGCAAUAGCCUACCAGCCUCCAGGUGAACUCGCCGCGAGCUCAGAGGCAAACUCUGCCAACGGUGGCUUCCCCGAACCAUCAUCAUUCCACGACCCCCUGUCCUCACCGGAGAACUGUACGCGAGACGUGCCGUACCUCCAGCAGCUUGGCAUCAAUGCUGUCCGGGUGUACAGCGUCAAUUCAAGCUUGGACCAUGACGCUUGUAUGAGAACCCUCAGCGACGCUGGUAUCUACCUCUUGCUCGAUCUCUCAUUACCCCUCAACGGAAGCAUCGACCGCUCCUCCCCCUCGUGGACCACCAACCUCCUCGACCAAUACACUGCCACCAUCAACGUCUUUAACGCGUACGACAAUGUUCUGGGGUACAAUGUCGGGAAUGAAGUCGUCAAUCUUGCGUCAAACACCAAUGCUCUUCCUUUCGUCAAGGCUGCUGCGCGUGAUACCAAGGCAUACCUCAGGUCUAUCGGUUCAUCGGCGUUUGUAGGGUACGCCGCCGUAGACGGGGAUGCCGACUUUAGAAACUCUGUCGCGGAAUACUUGACUUGUGGCGACGACGACACUAUCCUCGAUAUCUAUGGUUUCAACAACUACGAAUGGUGCGGCGACCAAGAUCUCAGCGCUUCCCACUGGGACACCAUCACCUCGGGCUUUAGCGAUCUCCCCAUCCCCACCUACAUGUCCGAGUUUGGAUGUAUCACCAGCCCCCCUCGACUCUGGACCGAAGUCGCCGCCCUCUACGUCUCGCCCGUCUCUGACGUCUUUAGCGGCGGUGUCGCCUUCUCCUACUUUCCCACUUCAGACGGCUAUGGUAUCGUCACCAUCUCCGACGACGGCCAAACCAUCUCCACAACCGACGACUUUACCCGCCUCGCCACCCAAUUCAACAACACCUCCCCCGCCAACUCUCCCUCCCAAUCAUCCUCCAGCUCGUCCACCACCACUUGCCCCGCCGAAUCUUCUUCCCUCCUCGCCAGUCCGGACCUUCCGCCGACACCGGAUGCGAGCGUUUGUAGUUGUUUGGAGGAUACGGCGUUUGCUUGUCAUUUGACGGAUGCUGCGUUGAAUUCGCCUACUAUUAUUGGGUCUUUGCUCGACUACACCUGCUCCCUCCUCGGUUCCUCCAACUCGUCCGCAUCCUGCGACCCAAUCUCCAGCAACGGCACCUCGGGCGCAUACGGCCAACUCUCCUUCUGCUCCCCCGCCAUCAAGCUCGAAUACGUCAUGUCUGUCUACUACCAGUCCAACCCUGUUUCUACGAGCUGUGAUUUCGACGGGAACGCGACGCUGAGUACUUUGUCUUCUGCACCCAAUACAGCUUCCGACGCAGAUACCGCCGCCCAAAGUUGCCUUGCCGCCGAAACGUCCGGAGGCGUCUUUACACCCUCCGCCUCCUCUCCCGCCGCUUCCCCCACCGCCACUUCUCCAUCCUCAUCCUCGGCGUCGGCGUCGGCGUCGGGGUCGGGGUCGGGGUCUUCGUCUGCUGGCGUUCGGGCGGUCUUUUCCGUGGGACUGGGCGUUGUGGGGAUGUUGGUGGGUGGUGGUGCUGUUUUGAUGUGA